AUGGCGACCGUGGAAGCUUCAACUCCUGUGGCAGAUACCGGGCUCACCAUCCUGAGUGAUCCCACCGACGCGGUGAUUGAUAUCGUCUUCGUGCACGGCCUCCAGGGACAUCCACAGAAUACUUGGACGUAUAGGUCGAGACCAGCUCGAAGCCAGUCCGGGCGGGACCUAUCGCCCUCAACAGUCUCCAAAAUCGACAAGAAACGAUUUUCCGGCCUGUCAAGUAAACUCGGGAAACGCAAAUACCUAGAGCCUGGACUAUCUGAAGAAGUUCAAGUCGACCAGGCAGAUUGCAAAGGAGAAGAGAGAGGCCAAGAAAAAGAUGUCUUCUGGCCAAGAGACCUGCUCAAAAAUGACUUCCCCAAGGCGAGGAUCAUGACAUUCGGCUACAACACCAAUAUUUCUCAAGGCUACCAUGCCGCACAUCAAGGUAACAUUUUCACACACGCGAGAAACCUAUUAUACGACUUAGAAGCAAAGAGAAGGAAGGCGGCAGACCGAGAUUUGGUCUUUAUCGCGCACUCGCUCGGUGGGAUCUUGGUGAAAGAGGUAUUGCGGCGCUCUGAGACUGAUCCAGACGCAAAGAUUAAAAAAGUAUUCACGUCAACUACUGGGGUCUUCUUCUUUGGCACUCCGCAUCGAGGAAGUGGGGACUGGGCGUCGUUCGGGGAAGGCGUUGCGGGCGUUGCGAGUCGUCUCCUGGGCGUGGACACAAAUAGUCAGGUCAUCCAUGCGCUGGUGCCCAGUGGUCCUGAACUUGAAUUGUGCCGGGAGUCGUUCACGACACAGUGGGUACAACGAGGGGAUAGUCUUGUCGUAAGGACUUUUCAAGAAUCGAAGGGAGUAACUGGCGUUCGAUGGGGAGGAUUUAAUAAACUGAUCGUACCUCCGGAUUCCUCCUCGCUAGAUCAUCCGAAUCAGCGGGCUCGGACGAUAGAUGAGGACCAUAUAGGGAUGGUCAAGUUUAAAGGAAGGGACGAUAGAGCAUAUCAGAGUGUGAGAGAAGAUAUCGAAGAGCUGGUUGAUCAAGCGGCAACAGGGACGAGAGGCGCAUCAACUAAUAUUGCUCGGGAAGACCGGGAAUGCAUCCAACACUUACGCCUCACCGAUCCACGGGAUGACAAGAAGCGCAUCGAGAAAACUAAGGGCGGUCUGCUGGAGAGUUUGUGCCGCUGGAUCUUCGACAACAACGCUUUUCAACAAUGGCGUGACGACCAGCAGAGUCGAGUGCUUUGGAUCAAGGGCGACCCUGGCAAGGGAAAGACGAUGCUGCUCUGUGGCAUCAUCAACGAGUUGCAGAAGAAGGCCACGAAUCAAGUGGUCUACUUCUUCUGCCAAGGCACAGACUCUCGGCUGAACAGCGCCACGGCCGUGCUGAGGGGUCUAGUCUAUGUAUUGGUGGACCAGCAGCCAGCGCUCGUCUCCCACAUACGGAAGAAGUAUGACAAGGCAGGAAAGCAACUCUUCGAGGAUCUAAAUGUCUGGGAUGCACUGUCCGAGAUAUUCAAAAACAUGCUGCGAGACCCGAGCCUGAAGAGCACCUACUUCAUCGUCGAUGCACUCGACGAAUGCACAACAGACUUACGGCAACUUCUCGACCUGAUCGUCCAGACGUCCUCGUCUGAAUCUCGUGCCAAGUGGAUUGUGUCCAGCCGUAAUGAAAUCAGCAUAGAGCGGGGCCUGCGGCUUGGUGAAUCGCGGACGAGGCUCAGUCUAGAGCUGAAAGAAAACGCGGAGCAAGUAUCUCAUGCCGUUGGCGAAUAUAUCCGCCACCGCGUUUCCGAAUUGGUAGAAAUACAGAAUGACAAACGCCUUCAAGAGCAAGUCCGGGAGAAAAUGCAAGCAAGGGCCAAUGGCACGUUUCUCUGGGUAUCUCUCGUCAUUAAAGAGCUCAAAGACGAAAACCUUAUGAGCUGGGACUUCCUAAAGGUCAUUGAUGAAAUGCCCACAGAGUUGAACGACCUGUAUGGUCGAAUGUUGGAGCAGAUUGAACGGCUGACUCGUGGAAAUCCGGAACUUUGCAGGCGUGUGCUUUCGACUGUUACUGUUGCAUAUCGCCCACUUCACCUCCAGGAACUCCAUCUUUUGUCUAGUUUGCCUGAGCCUGCAGGGGAUACGAGCGUAUAUCGGUCGACUGAGAAGAUAGUCAGCAUGUGCGGGUCAUUCCUUACCAUCCGAGACGAGCAAGUCUUCAUCGUUCACCAAUCAGCAAAAGAGUAUCUGGAAGAAAACGGUGGGUCAAGGCUUCGCGCAGAUGGAAUUCGUCAAGUGCACAUGGACCUUGGUACACGUUCCAUUGAAGCAAUGUCCUCGGCUCUGCGACAAAACAUGUACGGUCUCGAUUACGGCUUCAAGCCAGAGGAUAUGCGGCCCCCCCAGCCAGACCCGCUGGCUCCAAUACGAUACUCCUGCGUCUUCUGGGCUGACCACCUCACCGAAAACGGCGAAAGCCCCCAGUCCAAGGAGCCGCUGGGGGAUGACGGAAUAGUGUUUGCGUUUCUAAAGGACAGGCUCCUUCACUGGCUCGAAAGCCUGUCCCUCCUGGGAAAGCUCCCGGAAGGCACGCACUUGAUAAGAAAGCUUCUGCACCAUGUCCAGGGAUCAAGUGCCAGUCAUCAACUUACUGAGUUCUUGGAAGAUGCAGAUAAGUUUGUGCGUAGCCACUCAGACAUCAUUGACCAGGCUCCCAUGCAGACAUAUGGCUCCGCACUCGCAUUCAGCCCAUCGACAAGUAAAGUCCGGAAUGCGCAAUGGAAUUAUAGGUUGCCAUUCAUUCAGAACAUUGCAGGCACUAGAUCAGACUGGAACGUACUUCAGCAGACGCUCGAGGGUCACGGCGACUGGGUCACAGCCGUGUUUUUUUCGCCCGACGGCAAGAUGCUCGCCUCGGCUUCAGUUGACACGACCGUCCGAUUCUGGGACGCAGCCACAGGAAACGAACGGCAGACGCUCGAGGGACACGACGACUGGGUCACGGCCGUGGUCUUCUCGCCCGACGGCAAGACGCUUGCCUCGGCUUCAAGGGACAGGACCGUCCGUAUCUGGGACGCGGCCACGGGAAACCAACGGCAGACGCUCAAGGGUCACGGACACCUUAUUCUGAUAACGCUUAAGGGACACGCUGACUGGGUCAUGGACGUGGCCUUCUCGCCCGAUGGUAAGAUGCUCGCCCCGGCUUCAAGGGACACGACCGUCCGUAUCUGGGACGCGGCCGCGGGAAGCCAACGGCAGACGCUCGAGGGACACGGCGGCCCGGUCACGGCCGUGGCCUUCUCGCCUGAUGGUAAGAUGUUCGCCUCGGCUUCAUACGACAUGACCGUCCGACUCUGGGACGCGGCCACGGGAAACCAACGGCAGACGCUCAAGGGUCACGGACACCUUAUCAUGAGGGUGGCCUUCUCGCCUGACGGCAGAUACCUGAGGACGGAUUAUGGGUCGCGCCGACUAUCCUCCGCGUCUUCCUCAUCUGAGGAGUGUUCUGACGACAAUCCUUCUGAUCAUGCUUUGUAUGUCAAAAAUGAGUGGAUAACUCUGGAUGACGUGGAGAGUCUAUGGCUUCCUCCUAAUUACAGGGCUACUAUAGUAGCCCUGUAUGGGAAUAAGGUUGUGUUGGGGCAUCUGUCUGGCAGACUAACGUUCCUGGAUAUCAAAUUUGCAUGA